AUGCUGCGGCGUCUCGCCUGUGCUUUCUUAACCGCGGCGCUGGGCGUCCUUGUCGUGCUGCUCGGAUCUGAUGCCCCGGUCGCCCACGCGGCUGUGGACAUGCCUUUCUCUGUGCAAGCCGAGAAGGCGGUGCUCGGCAUUGCUGAACCUCGCUACUCAUUCACGAGUGCACAGAAAGUAAACACGCUGAAGGUUCUGCAGGCGUUUGCUGACGCGAUACCGUCACUGGGGUGGACCGGGACAGACUUCUGCAAGUGGUCGAGUGUGACAUGCUACCAGUCGACUGUCAUACUUACAGUCAGCGGCAUCAGCGUGGAAGGCACGCUUCCUGAUUUUCCCGAUGAUGUGGACUACUCGAAUGUGAUGGUCACAGCCAUCAACUUGUUCGAUCAAAAGUCCUCGAUCAGUGGCACGCUGCCGAGCAGCUGGGGAAAGCUGCAGUACCUCGUCACCCUUAACGUGGGAUCCACCAGCGUGUCUGGCACUCUCCCUGCGUCAUGGGGCUCGCUGCGAGCGGUGACGUUCAUUUCACUUCAGAGCACGUCAAUCUCUGGCUCUCUGCCCGCCUUGUGGAGCUCAAUGAGUUCUCUCGCCACGUUGAUCUUGUACGACACUCAGCUCAGUGGCACUUUGCCACCAGAGUGGAGCUCCAUGGCUUCUAUGAACAUUCUCCAACUGCAUCAAAACCAGUUUACUGGUAGCUUCCCGGAGUCAUGGGCGCAGAUGCCGGCAUUGAGAAGGCUCUCGGUGAUCGCCAACAACUUCUGCGGCUGCGUCCCUGACUCGUGGAAGCGAGCAUCCUUCCGGGUGACUGUCGAUCCCAAAAACUCUGCCGCCGACUGCGCCACGGCUAACCCCUGCGUCCCGACAACCACGACGACCGCGGCACCGACGACCACGACGACCGCGGCACCGACGACCACGACGACCGCGGCACCGACGACCACGACGACCGCGGCACCGACGACCACAACGACCGCGGCACCGACGACCACAACGACCGCGGCACCGACGACCACAACGACCGCGGCACCGACGACCACGACGACCGCGGCACCGACGACCACGACGACCGCGGCACCGACGACCACAACGACCGCGGCACCGACGACCACGACGACCGAGGCGCCUUCUGAGUGCGAGGUGCCGCAUUGUAUUACCUGCGUUCGCGGAAACCCGACGCGGUGCGACGUGUGCUCAUCUGGCUACAUGGUAACGGCAGCGCAAUGGUGCAUGAAGCGGCCCAGCGCUAAUUGGGCUUCGUCGCCGUCAUCGACAGCGUUUAACGCAGCCGCGUCCCUUGGUGUGCUUGCCGCUGUUCUCUUGUCGAUGUAG